AUGUUGAAGCAUGCACAGCGGCCGCCGGCGGCGAGCGAUGAUCACCGCUACCAAAACAUGCCGCGGCGGCCGCACCACCAUCUACCCUUAAAUGUGUCUACUUUGGACUCCUCGAAACAUUCAGUUGGUGGUACAUCAGCCAGCGUCAGUCCUGGAGCUCAGCCUCCCACGUCCAAUCCUGUGAUCACUCCAGUUCCUGUGGCAUCACCUCCCAAACUUGCAAAUGGAACUGCUGCAGGAGUUCCAUCAAGCCGGCCGGCUACCUCGAGGACUCGUAGCACGCGGGCAGCUACAGAGGAAGCCCUGACGUCCUUAGCCCUAUUGUGCCUUAUCAGUCUACUACUAGCGCUACUUGCGUUGCUCUUCCUCCUGAAGAUAUCAGCUCCGGCGACGAGCGCUCCCGAGGAAUUCGCAGUGGUGUACGAAGUGACGUUAGCCUUGUGUGCGUUGACACUAUCCUUGAACCUCUGUUGUCUGUUAGUUUGUGCGAUCCAGUUCUUGUUUGCGGUGAAGCUAGUGCACUCCCCCUCGGCACCUAACGGCCGGUCAAAUAAAUAUUUGCAAAAGUCGGCCAUUACAAGGGUUUGCGCCGUUGGAGGCUUUUUUAUCUCAAUUCCGGUAUUUUUAACGGGUAUUAUCCUGUACACAUUUAUCCAGUUUCAUUCAACCCCAGCGAUCGUUACAUCAGUAUUUAUUGGCGUUGGCAUCGUUUUUUGCGGCUGCGCUAUGGUUCACAAUGUCUUUGUUUGGCAAAAGGAGAAGACAAACUUAGUUAAAGCAUUUCGUACUCAAGACUUAAACACAAGUAACAUGAAUACUUCGAAUGGUGUGAUAAUGAAUGGACAUUUGAAUAAUACGGGAGGGAAUUUAAGUUUUCAUAGCAUGACAGGUGCGCCCGCGCCGUUUACGCAUCCAAUAACGCUUCUGCAACAAGGUGGCCCAUAUAUUAUUAGGCCACCAACAAGUACGCCGCCCGGCGGUACUGCUGAGGCUGCGGCGGGAGUGCCGGCCGCCACCGUCGACCUCAGCCACGACGCGCACGAACUGAGCACGCUGGUG